AUGGAGGCUUUUGACGACGAGAACCCUUUCGACACAGAGUCUGACCGUAUUCCAUCUGAAACCUCUUCUACAUCUAAAGUGGACAUAUCAGAACCACCCUCUCCGCCUUUCAAUCCUUCCCGACAACUGUCAUCAGAAAUUACCAGUCCAGAACGCACAUUUCCUUCUCAAGGGCCCCCCAGACAGCCACAGCGUUCAAACUUCAAGAGUGAUUUCUGUUGCGCACGAGACAGGAUACUUCAUUCUGGAGAUGAUGUUGAGAUUCUGAUUACAGACGCACAGAAGACCAACCUCGGAGCGACUACGCCGUAUAUCACAUAUGUCAUACAAACAGGAAAUACGGAAUCUCGACAUAGAUACUCUGAAUUUGAAUCGUUGAGAUCAAGUCUAGUGAAGCUCUAUCCUACUCUCAUAAUACCGCCAAUCCCAUCCAAGCAAACCCUCGGAGACUAUGCGGUCAAACAGGGAAAGGCCAAAGAAGAUGCUACGAUGAUUGCAAGGCGGAAACGAAUGCUGCAGACAUUCCUAAAUCGACUCGCCAGACACCCUAUCCUUUCCAACGAACAUGUAUUUCAUCGCUUUCUAGAUGGUGAAGUCUCUUGGCAUGAAGUUUUGAAUUCCCCUCCCAUUUCACUGCUUCCUAAGAACAUCCUCAAAGCCCCGUCGCACGACCCAACGGACCAGGAAGCAUCUCCUGCGUAUACUGCUUUGCCCAAUCCUUCCGCUGCCCACCCACUUCGAAAUCCAGACCAACGGUUUCUCGAUUCAGAAGCUUUCACCAGUAAAUUUGCUGUUCAUCUCAGUGGUCCGAUGGAGAAGGUCACACGGCGGACAGUAAAACGGUGGUCAGAAUAUGCGCAGGACCAUGCCGAACUUGGUGCAGCAUUAAACGGGUUCAGCUUGAAUGAGACUGGGUCGCUUUCCGGCGCUAUUGAGAAGACUGGUCAAGCAGUUGAUGCGACGUAUAUGUCCACCACGAAAUUAGCUCAAGAACUCGAACAGAACUGGGCAGAACCAAUCAACGAAUAUGCACAAUUCUCGUCCAUUAUUAAGAAGCUGCUGGCUUAUCGCCAUCAAAAACACGUUCAGUAUGAGAUGACUCAAGACGCGCUAGAGGCAAAGCGAGAACAGUUAGAAGAACUAGAGAAAAGCGAGCAUGAAGCGCGACGACUGGAAGCGGCUCUUGGAGGGCGAAGCACAGUCUCUCUCCCAUCUUCGCCUGAUCAGGAACCUACCGAGGAGGAGUCGAGCAUCCAAACACAUUCUGCGUCUUACGUGCCUCCACAUCCUGGUCCCAAUCCUGCAAGGCGAAACGCUAGAGCUCCUGGUAUGGGAUUCCUAAAUGCUCUUAGCUACACAUUGCAUGGGAUGAUGGAUGUUGAUCCUGAAACUGCUCGACGCAAUGGGAUUUCAAAGACAAAGGAGACGAUUUCACAGUUGGAAGAUGCGUUACAUUUAGCUGCUCAAGAUCUAAAGUACUCCAGUUCUACAAUCCAAGCUGAUCUGGACAGGUUCCAACGGCAAAAAGUCGCAGAUAUUCGGGAAAUGGCGAUUAGCAUGGCACAAAGUCAUCGAGAUUGGUGCAAGAAGAAUCUUGAAGCAUGGGAGGAGGCCAAAAGAGAGGUCGAUAUGAUUCCGGACCAUCCAAAUAAGCUUCCUUCUCCUUCUGCUCCUCAACCUUCUACAUCUACGAGGAGAGAUUCCACGACUACUUUAAACGGGAGAUGA